AUGGCUACCAAGACCGCAACGAAGAAGGCUGCGCCAAAGCCGAACAUGAAAGCCCCUCCACCGAAGAAGACCGCCGUCCAAACUACACUUACACCAGCCGACUUUGCGAAGAAGUCGCCCGCCAGCAAUGGCAGGAAACAGAAGCCGACCGGCACGCCAAAUGGCAACAUCAUGGCAUUCUUCAAGAAGGCUGAGGAGAUCAACAGCCGUAUAUUCCUGCAAGAAAGAGGGUCAAAUCCAACGAUCGUGCUCGAUGGCGACGAAGACGAUGUGGGUUGGAGCGACGAGAAGAGCAAUGGCGUCAUGACUACAGACAACGAUGAAGAGCGCUAUAAUGAGAACGGCGGGAGCGUUAAAAGGCGAAAAGUCAGUGAAGAGGCGGUAGCACCUGUGCCAGCCUGUUCACCUCCACCCGCUGAUAUGGAAAGCAACGCUUUGGACGCAUUGGCAGCCGAUGCUCCCAAGCAAGCGCCAAAGCUGCGGAAGAAGUCUGGACCCUUCGUAGACGAUUCAGAAUCCGAAGACGAUGAUGUAGAAAUACCUGCAACAACUCCAGGUAUGGCUGCACGAGGACAAAAUAACGAGUCGCCAAUUACUAAACCAACGGAGGAUCCGUUACCCCCAGAUAGUGUCAAAGACCAGAUUCCCCGCGAACCCCCACCGCUGAAAUCCGAGCCCAUCUCUCAACACGGCGGCGAAGACUUGAACGAAUACGAAGAUCUAGAAGAUGACGAUUUGCUUGAAGGCGAAGAAUACGAUGAAAGACGAUGGAUGAAGGAACAACAAAAGCUGAAGAUGGAGGAGGCAGGCUUCGAGGGCGAUCCGGACGAGUUCGAUGCUCCACCUCUGUUUCCAGAAAGCGAUACCACCGAGAUCAAGCAGGAAGAGCCAAACGCCAAAGAUACACCCUCAUGUCCAAUAUGCGGCAACAAUCUCCCAGGCCUGUCGGAACAGGAUGUAUCGGUGCACGUCAAUGCAUGCUUAGAUGGCAAUCCACUCCCGCUACCUGUUGCGAACCCUCAGGAAGACAGCGAGCCGACUACAAUGAGCAAAGCGAAGGCCUUUAAAAGACCAGGCAGGCCAGCUAAGCCGGGUCAAGCAAACCCCUUUCAGCUUGCCAAGCCCAGUGCUCAGCCGAACUCAGCUUUUUCGAAGCUCAUGGCCGGUCAUGCUGAGGAUGCUGCGUGGGCAUCCGCUGCGGCGGAGAACAACAAAUCUCGCGGCAAGCCUGCCUACGAACGUACCUGCCCGUUCUACAAGAUCAUGCCGGGCUUCUUCAUUGCUGUGGACGCGUUCCGCUACGGGGCCGUCAAAGGCCAGAACGCGUACUUCCUCAGUCAUUUCCACAGCGAUCACUACAUCGGACUGACUUCGUCAUGGAAACACGGGCCAAUAUACUGUAGCAAAGUGACUGGCAAUUUGGUACGACAGCAGCUUCGUGUGGACCCCAAGUGGGUGGUUGAUCUAGACUUUGAGAAGAAGACAGAAGUGCCAGGAACGGAGGGCGUUCAUGUCACGAUGAUCUCCGCGAACCAUUGUCCUGGUAGCUCUCUUUUCUUGUUUGAGAAGGAGCUUGGCAAGGGCAAGAGCCUAAGACUACAGCGAGUCCUACAUUGUGGAGACUUCCGUGCAUGUCAAGCACAUAUUGAACACCCACUGUUGCGACCAGACGUCUUGGAUGCUGUGAGUGGAAAGAACCGACAGCAAAAGCUAGACGCUUGCUACCUUGAUACCACCUACCUGAAUCCCAAAUACGCUUUUCCACCUCAGAAGCAAGUUAUUCAGGCUUGCGCAGACAUGUGCGUUAGCCUCAGCAAGGUCCGUGCGGACGACUCCGAUGGGUGGGAGAAAAUGAAAAGAGAACGCGCGGGCCAAGGCAUGGUCCAGUUCGUUCGGAAAGACGCCAAUACAGACAACGCAGGCGAACCCAAAAGUCCUGAACGAGGUCGACUUCUCGUUGUCGUCGGCACAUACAGCAUCGGGAAGGAGCGCAUAUGCACUGGCAUUGCAAAGGCUCUGGGAAGCAAGAUCUUUGCGCCGGCCAACAAACAACGCAUUUGCAAGGCUCUCGAGGACCCCGAACUGGACGCACUGCUUACGACCGAUCCCCGCGCAGCCCAAGUACAUAUGACCCCGCUGUUCGAGAUCCGAGCGGAGACUCUAGACGACUACCUGCGCGACUAUGCUGAUACGUUUUCGCGCGUUGUCGGCUUCAGACCCUCAGGCUGGAACUAUCGCCCACCAAAGGGUCGCUUUACCGAAUCGCCCCAAGUACAAACCGUACUGCAUUCGGAUAACUGGAGGAGUACUUUUGCUAUGAAAGACCUUACCCCGCAAGCCGGGAGUGGAAAUCGAGCAAGCUGCUUCGGUGUGCCGUACAGUGAGCACAGCAGCUUCAGAGAGUUAACUAUGUUUUGCUGCGCUUUGCAUAUCGACAAGAUUAUUCCAACGGUCAAUGUGGGUAGCGCGAAGAGCAGGGAGAACAUGAAGGCUUGGUGCGAUAGGUGGGCAGCGGACAAGAAGAAGAACGGGCUUUUCAAGCUAGGUGAGGACGGUGAGGGCUGGUCAUAG